CAAAGCGCUCUGACUGCCACUGAGGCAUGAGGUGAUCACGUGAACAGCAUGCUGCGGCAGUGAACAUGCCAAGAGCAUGUCAGGCUCUGCUCUCUCCUCUACAGGCUCUGUCAGCUGGAAGUCACGUGACCAGGAGCCUAACCACACUGAGCAUGUGCACACCAGACUGUGUUGUCAGGCAAAAUAAGAAGGCAGAAGGACUGGAGAUCUGCAAUAGAUAAAACACUGAGCAAGCUAGCUAGCGAGAGAGAAAUAUCCCUGCUUGUGGAGAAUAGUAGUUGAACAAAGCAAGGUGCUAGGUGUUGGUGAUUGAAGAAUAAAUACAGACAAUCUCCUCUAUUUAUCUGGCACCUUCUGAGCUGGCACUUGCUGUGAAUCAGAGGUUGCCACGGAAACAGCAGAGACCGGAGCCUAGCAUCUGAUGUGAGGCCUGCAAAUUUCCUGGAUUGCUGUCCCACUCUUCACCCAUUGUAGCCGGAAUGGACGGGAGCAGCCUAGUCCUGUCUCAGCAACACCUAUGAACUGCAGAUCCAAUGGACAUUAAAGGCCAGUACUGGACCGAUGAGGAUUCCGAUGGAGACAAUGACUCGGAGUUCCUGUAUGGAAUCCAGGGGAGCUGUGCUGCAGACCUGUACAGACACCCCCAGCUGGACGCGGACAUCGAGGCCGUGAAGGAGAUCUACACUGACACCGCCCUCUCUGUCAGGGAAUAUGGAACCAUCGAUGAUGUGGACAUCGACCUGCAAAUUAACAUCAGUUUCCUGGAUGAGGAGGUGGCGACUGCAUGGAAGGUGAUUCGAACGGAACCAAUCAUUGUGCGCCUUCGUUUCUCUCUGUCCCAGUACCUCGAUGGGCCGGAGCCAUCAGUGGAAGUGUUCCAGCCAUCCAACAAGGAGGGAUUCAGUUUGGGGCUGCAGUUGAAAAAGAUCCUGGGCAUGUUCACCUCUCAGCAGUGGAAGCACCUGAGCAAUGAUUUCCUGAAGAGCCAGCAGGAGAAGAGGCACAGCUGGUUCAAGGCAGGGGGCACCAUCAAGAAGUUCAGAGCCGGACUCAGUAUAUUCUCCCCCAUCCCAAAGUCUCCCAGUUUCCCUCUCCUCCAGGACUCUGGGUUAAAGGGGAAGCUGGGUGUGCCGGAGCUGCGUGUGACGAGGCUCAUGAACCGCUCCAUCUCCUGUACCAUAAAGAACCCCAAGGGGGAGCUCUUCAGCUACCCCCCAAGCAGUCAGAGCGUGUCUGUUCCCGCUGCCAGGCCUCCCCCGCAGAUUACCACGAAGCAGCUGAUUGAAUUGUUUUUCUCAUCCCAGGCGGGCGGACACUGCAAGAACAUCCCCACCCUGGAGUACGGCUUCCUCGUGCAGAUUAUGAAGUAUGCGGAGCAGCGCAUCCCCACUCUCAAUGAGUACUGCGUGGUGUGUGAUGAGCAGCAUGUCUUUCAGAACGGAUCCAUGCUAAAGCCAGCGGUGUGCACCAGGGAGCUGUGCGUCUUCUCCUUCUACACACUGGGGGUCAUGUCCGGAGCAGCCGAGGAAGUAGCCACUGGAGCAGAGGUGGUUGACCUGUUAGUUGCCAUGUGCAGAGCGGCGCUGGAGUCGCCCCGGAAGAGCAUCAUCUUUGAGCCCUACCCUUCUGUGGUCGACCCCAAUGACCCCAAGACUCUGGCCUUCAAUCCCAAGAAGAAGAACUAUGAGCGUCUGCAGAAGGCUCUGGACAGUGUGAUGUCUAUCCGGGAGAUGACACAGGGCUCGUAUUUGGAGAUUAAGAAACAGAUGGACAAGCUGGACCCCUUAGCCCACCCUCUGCUCCAGUGGAUCAUAUCAAGCAACAGAUCCCACAUCGUCAAGCUGCCGCUGAGCAGGCAACUCAAGUUCAUGCACACCUCUCACCAGUUCCUGUUGCUAAGCAGCCCCCCCGCAAAGGAAGCUCGUUUCCGGACCGCCAAGAAGCUGUAUGGUAGCACCUUCGCCUUCCAUGGUUCCCAUAUUGAGAACUGGCACUCCAUUCUGAGAAAUGGACUAGUCAAUGCGUCUUAUACCAAACUGCAGCUGCACGGGGCAGCGUACGGGAAGGGCAUCUAUCUCAGCCCCAUCUCCAGUAUAUCAUUUGGAUACUCAGGGAUGGGGAAGGGGCAGCACCGCAUGCCUUCGAAAGACGAACUGGUUCAGCGCUACAACAGGAUGAACACCAUCCCACAGAGUCGCCCGAUCCAGUCCAGAUUCCUGCAGAGCCGCAAUUUGAACUGCAUAGCGCUUUGUGAAGUCAUAACGUCAAAAGACCUGCAGAAGCACGGGAAUAUUUGGGUGUGCCCCGUGUCAGACCAUGUCUGUACAAGAUUCUUCUUUGUAUAUGAAGAUGGCCAAGUGGGAGAUGCCAAUAUCAAUACUCAGGAGCCUAAAAUCCAGAAGGAGAUCAUGCGUGUGAUCGGGACUCAUGUCUACUCCAGCUGAGGGAGGGGCAGGGGAUGAGGCAGGGAGAGGGCAGCUACUGCACAGAGGAAACAAGAACAUGACCAGGUCCACUUCCCCAGGCUCAGCAUUGUGAUCAGCUCCACUCCCCCGGGCUCAGCAUUGUGAUCAGCUCCACUCCCCCGGGCUCAGCAUUGUGAUCAGCUGCACUCCCCUGGGCUCAGCAUUGUGAUCAGCCCCACUCCCCCGGGGUCAGCAUUGUGAUCAGCUCCACUCCCCCGGGCUCAGCAUUGUGAUCAGCUCCACUCCCCUGGGCUCAGCAUUGUGAUCAGCUCCACUCCCAGCCCAGCUCAGCAUUGUGAUCAGCUCCACGCCCCUGGGCUCAGCAUUGUGAUCAGCUCCACUCCCCUGGGCUCAGCAUUGUGAUCAGCUCCACUCCCCUGGGCUCAGCAUUGUGAUCAGCUCCACUCCCCCAGGGUCAGCAUUGUGAUCAGCUCCACUCCCAGCCCAGCUCAGCAUUGUGAUCAGCUCCACUCCCCCGGGGUCAGCAUUGUGAUCAGCUCCACUCCCAGCCCAGCUCAGCACUGUGAUCAGCUCCACUCCCCCAGGCUCAGCAUUGUGAUCAGCUCCACUCCCAGCCCAGCUCAGCACUGUGAUCAGCUCCACGCCCCUGGGCUCAGCAUUGUGAUCAGCUCCACUCCCCUGGGCUCAGCAUUGUGAUCAGCUCCACUCCCCUGGGCUCAGCAUUGUGAUCAGCUCCACUCCCAGCCCAGCUCAGCAUUGUGAUCAGCUCCACUCCCCCGGGCUCAGCAUUGUGAUCAGCUCCACCCCAGCCCAGCUCAGCAUUGUGAUCAGCUCCACUCCCCCGGGCUCAGCAUUGUGAUCAGCUCCACCCCAGCCCAGCUCAGCAUUGUGAUCAGCUCCACCCCAGCCCAGCUCAGCAUUGUGAUCAGCUCCACUCCCCCGGGCUCAGCACUGUGAUCAGCUCCACUCCCCCGGGCUCAGCAUUGUGAUCAGCUCCACUCCCCCGGGCUCAGCAUUGUGAUCAGCUCCACUCCCCUGGGCUCAGCAUUGUGAUCAGCUCCCCUCCCAGCCCAGCUCUCAAUGUGAUCAGCUUCACUCCCAGCCCAGCUCAGCAAUGUGAUCAGCUCCACUCCCCCAGGCUCAGCAUUGUGAUGAGCUCCACUCCCCCGGGGUGAGCAUUGUGAUCAGCUCCACUCCCCCAGGGUCAGCAUUGUAAUCAGCUCCACUCCCAGCCCAGCUCUCAAUGUGAUCAGCUCCACUCCCAGCCCAGCUCAGCAUUGUGAUCAGCUCCACUCCCCCAGGCUCAGCAUUGUGAUGAGCUCCACUCCCCCGGGGUGAGCAUUGUGAUCAGCUCCACUCCCCCUGGGUCAGCAUUGUGAUCAGCUCCACUCCCAGCCCAGCUCUCAAUGUGAUCAGCUCCACUCCCAGCCCAGCUCAGCAUUGUGAUCAGCUCCACUCCCCCAGGCUCAGCAUUGUGAUCAGCUCCACUCCCAGCCCAGCUCAGCAUUGUGAUCAGCUCCACUCCCUCGGGUUCAGCAUUGUGAUCAGCUCCACUCCCAGCCCAGCUCAGCAUUGUGAUCAGCUCCACGCCCCUGGGCUCAGCAUUGUGAUCAGCUCCACUUCCCCGGGCUCAGCAUUGUCAUCAGCUCCACUCCCCCAGGCUCAGCAUUGUGAUCACAGCACAAAGACCCGCUCUCUAUCCUGCAGCCACAGACUAAGAGAGGUGACAGAGAGCCCAAACCCUGCUGUUCCCCAGGGUCUCGCACCAGGUGAAAGUAGAACAACAUGAACAGCAACUUAGGGGCAGGUUGCUUGCAAUGCCUUCCAGAAAACAGCUACUUGGGAACACUAUAUUAUAUAAGGACUUGCUUGAAUCCUCUGUGCCAUUUCUAAACGACUGGAUUUUUUCAGGUUUGUCACCAUGAUGAGUUUCUACUGCGUGCCACUAUGUGUUCCCUAGCUGGCGUCUUUCUAGUGUGUGCCGCAGUGUUCCCUAGCUGGCGUUGUGCCCUGUCGAUUACAGGCCUGUUUCAGGAGGCAGGUUUGUUCAUUCAGAAGCUGGAGGACUGGCAGUGUGAAGCGCUACUUUUCACUAACCUUGGAUCUGUUUCAGACAGCAGGGUCUGCAUAUCCCUUUCACUUAUAGUAAUCCAGCUGGGGUUUCCCCUCAAUUAACAUUACAAAAUACAAUAUUCUGGAAAGAUGUCUUCAGUGGGGCAGGUUCGCAAGUUUUAUGGCAGCAGUGUUGAGAUCUGCUUCUGUUUAGAUCAUUAAAGACAACUGUCAUCUCCUGACUGAUUCAAAUGACACCCCAAUCACAAAGAUUAUUGUAGUAACUGGAAAGAAAGUAAAAACAUUUUUUUUACUGAUGUUUGCAAUCGAUCUGAGUAGUUUUUUCUUUGGGUGGUGCAUUGAGUUUUUUUUUUUUAUUGCCUGCUUGGAAACCAUAUUCUGGUUAGUGACGGCUACAAGCAGACAUGUCUAAAGUAUUACUCCAAUAAAUACAGCAGUGCUGGGACACAUUUUAAAAUAUUCAAACAAACACUGCUUGAAAUGGCAAAAAUCACCUUGUGUGUAUUCUUAUUCCAGAAUUUAUAAAUGUUUGUAUUAAAAAGAUAUCAUGCAAUGGAAACACAUGAUGUUUCUCUUAUUUCAUUAACGGGUCAUUUAAUUGGGUACUUUACUCCUGAGAGAUUUAUACUUUCAAUUUCCAGCUAAUGGAGAAUUAAAGAAAGUUUGAUUAUUCCAUUAAACUCAUGUUCGUCCCAGAACUAAAAUCCAGGAGCGCUAAUGGCAGCCACAGGACAGUUUCUAACGACCGGAAUAGGCCAUUUAUUUCAAAUUCCUGUCAUAUUUAAAGAGAUUGGCAAUAUAGCUACAGUGCAGCACUACAGUAUGGCACUUUUUCAACCUGUAUUUUGAAGUUAAAGAAGGUGCAAAUGUUAAAUACAUUCUGUUGCACUUUUGCAUUCCCAAACCAAGCAAGAACCUACUAACCUGAUAACUCUUAAAUAAAAUAUCCCUAACAGCCCUCCAGCAUGCAUCCUGUUCAAUGAUGCCUACAUUUCCAGUGGAGAUGCUGAAUAUAUUCCUGUAUUUGUUCUCCUGUAUGUAAAUACAAACACAACUCUUUUCAAGGAGGAGGAGAGGGUAUUGUCAGUCCUCUACCUGAGUUCCAGUGUGUCUUCAAACCGAUCACGAGAAUUGAAAAGAAAUGUUCUCCUCUGCACUGACAAGGAAGUGCAGUCAGAACAGCAUUCAGUUCUGCCUGUGCUAAACAGCUCUUAAAAACCUUGGUUCCUAUCAAUAGCAACAUAGACAUUGAGAGGGUCCUGUGGGGACCUAUUACCGGUAACACAGGAAGGAAGUGAGUCAGUGUCAUGCUAGCCCUGCACCCAGUCCUGGCUUUCAGAACAUCCUUGUUGAGGUAUAUUGUUGAAAUGACCAGGUGCCAUGAGUUUGAACAGUUAGGUCCCUGGCUAAUCUGCUCAGAAUGAACUGAUAACACUUCUCAUUGCAGCAUUAAGAAGUCACACCUGAGUCUGUACAUUUACUGCAUGAGUUUGAACAGUUAGGUCCCUGGUUAAUAUGCUCAUCGCAGCAUUAGUAAGUCAAAUCUGAGUCUGUACGUUUACUACAUGAGUUGUUGAUGCAGCUGUCAGGGAGGAACAAUGUACUGAACAUCCUGAUCAUUUACGUAAUAUACGUUAUUGACAGCGGUUCUAAAACUCAGGACUACAUCCACUUAAGCCUUGUAAUGUGUGCCGCGGGACAAAUUGGCUUCACCUUUCCAUAAACAGCUGUUUUUUGAAGCAGACACGUUUAGUGCAAAACAGUCUAUUUUGAACUUGAAGAUGCUUUAAAUUAAGUAGGGCUGUCAUCAAGGGCAGUGUAAUAAUGCAGCACUACUACAUUCCCUCCUCUGCUUACCGGAGCUGCACCUUCAUAGGCACUCAGUUACAGGACUCCCCAGGGAUAGGUCUGGAGGACUGGACUGGUUUCUCCUGGCUGUUCCCAAACAGCCUGGCCCCCUCCUCCCCAGCCUGUCUCGAUGUUGUGAGCUUGGACUGUGAAUGAUUUCGUCCGAUGGUGACCUGUACAGUAUUUAUGUAUUUAUAAUCAACUUCUUUAGUCGUUGUCUGUGGUGAGUGUGAAUGAAAGAAAAAUAAAGAAUUUUGCACAAUUUUA